UUUUUUUUGGGAAUCUUUUUUAUUACUCAAAAAAAUAAAUUGUACUUGUAGUGUAUUAAUUACUCUUCACUUGGUCUUCAUGAUAUUUUGAUUCAAUUUAUUGUCCCUCUUCUACUCUCAAGCCAGCCCCUACUGCACCCUUUCUAAUUCCUUAGCUUGUAGCUCCACUUCACAUAUACUGUGAUUUCAUUUCCUUCCAUUUAAUGAUCAAUAUCUCUAGUGACAUGUAUAUAUAAUUGGAGUUCACUUGUUAUGUUGAAAAGUGUUAUUAGGGUUUUGCAAUAAUUUUUCAGUAGAAGGAAAGUCAAAGUAUUACCAUAAAUGCUUUUACUUAUCUGAAAAAGGAAAAUAUAAAUAUCUUCCAGCUUGAACUGAGGUCCAAACAAGAAAAGGAGAAUGGAAGUAAGCAGCAAUGCAGUUGAAUGUUCAAAGAUGGAAGAGUAUGAAGUGAUAGAACAGAUUGGUAGAGGAGCUUUUGGAGCUGCAUUUCUUGUUCAUCACAAGUUUGAGAAAAAAAAGUAUGUAAUGAAGAAGAUUCGUUUGGCUAAACAGACAGACAAGUUCAAACGCACUGCCCAUCAAGAGAUGAAUUUGAUAGCCAAGCUAGAUAACCCUUAUAUUAUUGAGUACAAGAAUGCAUGGGUAGAGAAGGACUCCUUUGUCUGCAUUGUUACAAGCUAUUGUGAAUGUGGAGACAUGGCUGAUAUGAUCAGAAAAGCCAGAGGAACAUUUUUUCAUGAAGAGAGACUUUGCAAAUGGUUGAUUCAGUUGUUACUGGCUCUGGAUUACCUUCACUUGAAUCGUGUUCUUCACAGAGAUCUUAAAUGCUCUAACAUUUUCCUUACUAAAGACGAUGAAAUCAGACUUGGUGACUUUGGAUUAGCCAAAUUGUUGAAUAAAGAUGAUCUCGCCUCUUCGAUUGUGGGUACUCCAACAUAUAUGUGUCCUGAGCUUCUAGCAGAUAUACCUUAUGGAUAUAAAUCAGACAUAUGGUCUCUAGGUUGUUGCAUGUUUGAAAUUUCUGCCCAUCAAACUGCAUUUCGUGCUACGGAUAUGGCUGGGCUAAUCAACAAAAUAAACAGAUCUACUAUAUCUCCACUUCCAACCAUAUAUUCUUCUACAUGGAAACGAUUGAUUAAAAGCAUGCUAAGAAAAAGCCCAGAACAUAGACCUACGGCUGCAGAGUUGUUAAGGCAUCCACAUUUACAACCAUAUAUUGCUAAAUAUCAGAAUUUGUCACCAGCAUUUGUUCAAGUAUGUUCUAAGAAGGAAGUUAAACAGAAUCCUGAUCAAACUCGCGAGAAUUCAACUUCCAAGUAUAUUAGACAAGCAAAAAAACACGAGAAGGUUGUUGCAGUUGAUAGAGUUGUUCAUGAAUUCAAAGGUACUGAAUCUAACGUUCAGACAAAGAAAAUUGGAAAUUUGGAGAAUGAAGGACUCCAAACUAUAUCCGUCAAGAAAAGUGAAAGUACUAAUUCCAUAAGCUCUACAAGAAGUACCUUGACUGAUAAUACAAUUGAAGGUACAAUUCAGAAGAUUGAAAGGCAAACUAAUGGAAAGAAAGGUACAAAAUGCUUUUAUAAGAAAUCAGGAAUACCAAAACCAUAUGUUGAAGUUGCAUCACAUGCCAAUAAAGUUAGAGCAAAAGCCAUUCAUCAUCUAAGUACUAAUCAGCAUACAGAAAAACGCGAUGGUCACAAACGAGCAUCGAGUGAUACUUCAGUAAUGACUACACUAAAUUUGUUACAGGGGAACAACAAUAGUAUGAUGAGCAAUGGAAGGGAAGAAGCAUUAGAGUCAUUACUUGAACUUUGUGCAGAGUUACUUAAGCAUAAAAAGCUAGAGGAAUUAGCUGGUGUGCUAAAACCAUUUGGUGAAGAAGUUGUUUCUUCUAGAGAAACAGCAAUAUGGUUGACAAAAGGAUUAAUGAAUCUUCAAAAUCCAAGUGAAGAAACUUAGAGUGCCUCCUAGUUGUUGAGAAUAUUUUUUUUGUAAUAUAAUAGCAUUG